CCGCGACAGGAAGAGGGAGCCGCAGCUUCCGGAACCUCCCCUCCGACUCCGCGCAGUUGCUCUCUUGGGCUGGUGGCGGCUGGUCGUCUUUGAGUGUGAUGGCGGCGGCCGUCGCUAUGGAGACAGAUGACGCUGGAAAUCGACUUCGGUUUCAGUUGGAAUUGGAAUUUGUGCAGUGUUUAGCCAACCCAAAUUACCUUAAUUUUCUUGCCCAAAGAGGUUACUUCAAAGACAAAGCUUUUGUUAAUUAUCUUAAGUACUUGCUUUACUGGAAAGAACCAGAAUAUGCCAAGUAUCUAAAGUAUCCUCAGUGUUUACACAUGUUAGAACUGCUCCAAUAUGAACACUUCCGCAAGGAGCUGGUGAAUGCUCAGUGUGCGAAAUUUAUCGAUGAGCAGCAAAUCCUGCACUGGCAGCACUACUCCCGGAAGCGGAUGCGCCUUCAGCAGGCCCUGGUGGAGCAGCAGCAGCAGAACAGCGCGUCGGGGAAGUGAAAGGCCCUUCCACCACGUGCAGUUUCUUCUGUACAACGAGGACAGAAAAGACCCUUCCUACCUACUUCACUGGGAUGCACCCAGAACCGUUAGUGUGAUACGUAAUCCAACUGAUUUUGUUAAUAGACUAUUUCUGUCAAACCAGAA